AUGGGCUCCAGCUCGGACGCCGUCCCGGACCCCGAGGCCCCGCGGCCGCCCGCGUCCCCCGGCCCCGCCUGCCGCCGGCUGCCCUGGGCGCUGAGCGCCGCGCUGCUGCUGCUGCUCGCGGCCGCCUGCGCCGUCUGCGCCGUCCGCGCUGCCCGAGGCUUCCCUUCCGGACGCCAGGCCCGCCUUCCCGACUCCCCGCAGGAUGUGGGCGUGUUCGCGCAGCUGGUGGCCCGAGAUGCGCUGCUGACAAAAGGGCUCCUGCAUUGGUACAGUGAUCCUGGCUUGAAAGGUGUGUUCCUGACACCGGGCCUGAGCUACGAUGAGCACACACAGGAGCUGGUGGUGUCUGAGGCCGGCAUCUACUAUGUGUUUUUGCACCUGGAACUGCAACGUGUGUUGGCCGGAGCUGGCUCUGGCUCCGUCUCCAUUGCCUUGCACCUGCAGCCGCUGGGCAGAGGGGGUGCAGCUCUGGCCCUGACCUUGGACCUGCCAUCUCCAUCCUCUGAAGCCCGGGACUCAGCAGCUGGGUUUCCGGGGUGGGCCUGCUGCACCCUGCGCGCUGGCCAGCGCCUGGGUGUCAAUCUCAGGGCCGCGGCUGGGGUGCACCCCGCCUGGCAGCUUGCACAAGGCUGGUUUGCCACUAUGACUGUGAUUGUCUGUGACCUGGUGUGCCUGGGCCAGGGGACAGUGUGA